AUGCCAUCCUUACGAAGGCUACUGUGGUAGUACUCAUGUGUGGUUUUGAGCUAUGUAAGUGCGCAAGUGCUUGGCCGUCCAUCGGUCAUUUGGAUCUUCGGGGUAUCUCCGGCAGUAGAAUCUUUGGCCACGCGUCACGCGUCCCGUGCUGUCUGUGUUCCCGAGUUCCGAAUGUGUCUUGCGACUGUUGCUCGCGUGCCUCGGCGUUUGUGAUACACCGUGGUGCCCACUCUCUUCCGUUGCUUGUGUCUACGAGGGCGACCAAUAGUAAACGACUUAACCAUCUCUUCACAUUAUCAACCGGGACAGCCGUGGUUAUCCAGCAGCACUCGGCUCGGAUCAAAUCAGCAUUAUAAAGCUACCGAGCCCUCACCUUCCAGUAGUUGAGGAUCUUCAUCAUUUGACGCGUUGGCCGCCAUGGAUCUUGAUGGAAUGCGGUGGUCUGGAGAAACGAGGAGUCAGUGUAAGGUGCAAGGUGGUGAAAGCGUCGAGAUGAGUUACCAAAAAUGCGACCAACAAUGGAUACAGAGACGGAGAAAAAUGGAUACAUCUUCGCUGUUCUUCACGCUCACGAGGUGCUGUGUUCAAGGUAGAGGUGUUAGCCAUGUCCUUAAAAUGGAAGACGAGGCUUACUCGUCGCAGGCAGUACACUCGGCCAGGAAAAAGCUUCCGAUCGGGGCCUUUAAAGAGGUGAAUCGGUUCUUACACCGAGGACCACACGAGCCACGAGUAUUCGCCGUAGAUGGAUCGAAGGUGCACGUGCACCCCUCUUUCAUCAAUUCUGGUUACAAGACACGAACAAACGACCAACCAGUAUCGCGUCCUGCCAAAAGACCUCUCGUCAUGCUCUCUUCGAUGGUAGAUGUCAAAACCAAAGCGUGUAUCGACUUUGAGCUCACGAAGCAUUUCAAUGAAAGAAGAGCAGCGACUUCGAUGCUCCGAAGUGUACGGAAAGGUGACACGCUGUUGUUCGAUAGAGGAUACUAUUCCAAAGACUUACUUCGCAGUGUUCACGACUCUCAUGCAUUUGGCGUUUGGCGGCUCAAGAUAGACGCUUUCAAAGGCACCAGGUCUUUCUUUAACUCGUGUCGCACGGAGGCCGCGUGCCUUAUUCUCGGUAUCGAGGCGCGUCUUUUGAAAUAUUUUAUCGACGGUAAAACAUACGUUUGCCUCACGAACGACCCGUCGCUAUCUCGAAGGGAUAUCAAGACUAUGUACGCCUCGAGGUGGCGGGUCGAAGAGUCGUUCAAACGAUUAAAAUCAAAUCUCAAGCUCGAAAAAGCUCACGCAAAAACACCGGCUUUGUACAUCCAGGAGGUGGAGGCCAGAGUGUUGUUAGACACGAUCACUCUGAGAAUGCAAAGCAGUACGAAGGAGUCGUCAUAUCUCUAUACUCUCGACACGCAUGUCACACACAUCCUUCGUAACGUGAAAAGAGUCUCUAGUCCCACGAGAUACAAGUUUCUACGAGUAGCAGAGCUAGAGUCAAAAACGCCGUUCGGUCGGAUGCACUACAGACCAUCGGACACCGACAUCAUUAUCGACUUCGCACGGAGGGAGAAGGACUUCUCUGAUCGAGACUGUGGAGACGGCAAAAUCGCAAAAACGAUCAAACACCUGUACUGGAUGUUCAACACCUACGUCGCCGAGUCAAGAAGAAUGUACGAGGAGGCCGUGUCCCGAGCCCACUUGUUCGCUCCCGGUGAAGACAAGGCGUGCAGAAAGAAGAGGGACGAGUUCGUGAAGCACGAGCUGGGCGAGAAGUUCACCUACGCUCCACCCAAAGACACUGCCGUGCUACCCAUUUGCUCAACGGGGGCAGUGUUCAUCCACAUCGACAUGAAGACGCUCAAGUCAUGGGGGCUUCUGCACUCCAACGAUGCUUGGUGGUACAAGGACGUCCUCCGACCUUUUUCCAAAGAGGCAAAUAUCAAGUGUCUCGUGAACAAGGAGAACGCCAGGUACGCGUCAAGCGAGCAUGGCUACCUCUCGAGUCUGCUAGGAAGUGGUCCGGACAAGUGCCCCUGGAUGAUUGGCGAGAGUUUCUUGACGGACGGUGUACAGAUCAAGCUUCUGCUUGUGACACUAGACCACGGAAGGAAAGCUUUUUCCGGGUCCAGCGAGCUGAACGAGGCGGGGUACAACAAACUGCCCCGGGCUAACGCUCAGCUAGAAAGCCUCUUGAAAGAGGGAAGAGGGGUGUACAACAUAUCCAGCCUUUUGGAGUCGACAAGCAUCAGGGAAGACGUCGUCGUGAUGUCCGCGGACCCGGGCCAGGCCAAGGUGAUCAACGUUUCUUCGGCUACGGCUAGCACUUGGGCGAAGCAAGACCCUGGCGUCAUCCUCAAAACUUCGACGUGUGUGUUCGGGGACGAUUAUCGUCGUGACACUCUUGCAUCACGUUCAGACGAGUACGAGACGUUCAGGCGCAAGGACCAGCCGUACGGAGUAGCCAUCGAUCGUCUUAGCAACGAGAAGAAAAGAACUUCCUGCCUCGCAACGUUCAUCCAGUACUGCAAAAGUUGGUGUGCAAAUGGUCCGGCGUUAUUCCUAGAGACUUUGCAGACAGGAAGGAAGUUCAUGAGGUUUGAUCGUUUCAGAGCUACGCAGAAGACACUUGCCAAGAUAGCGGACAGGGAGGGCAUCUGCCCCAAGGAAAGCUUUGAUUAG